CACACACCCCAAGCCGCAGCCCAAACCAAACAACAACAACAACAACAACACCAGCUACUCAAUGCACCCCUCCCUCCACGAAGCCGUCAGCCAGCGCCUCCUAGACGCCAACCUAACCCUCACCUUCCACACCACCGACUCCCCCGCGGGCAGCACCCACGAAUACGACACGCACACCAUGGGCCGCUUCGUCUGCCCCAACCGGCUGUGCGGCGCGCGCGGCUGGACGAGCAAGAAAGUCGCUGUCACGAUCCGCAUGUACCCUGGGGGCGAGUACAAUGCGCGCGUGUACCACCAGCGCUGUAGGGCCUGUCAUCGGUUGGCGAGGCCGGUGCUAGAUGCGUCGUAUGCGGAGAGGGUGGCGUAUCGGUUGAAGAGGUGGUGUGGGGUUGGGGAGUUGGUGGGACCGGGUUUAGGGAGUUGGACUGGGGGGAGGGCGGGGAGGAGGAGUGAUGUGCCGCAUGAGAGUUGGUUGUGUGAGGGGUGUAGGGUUGGACGUUUUAUUGUUGAGUGA